AUGAGUCGUUUAUGGAAAUUUGGUUCUAUUUAUUCUCGAGUCUGUGGUCUAAUCGAAGGUGGUCAAAUGAAACCAAAUGAUCGUCCUCUUUGGCUAGAUGUUUAUAAACAUUAUCCACCCCAUCGUGAGCCAAGAUAUCUUUCGUUGACAGAAGGUAAUACACCAUCUUCUUAUGAUCCACCAAAAUUAUUGUACGAAGAAGAUAAAAUUCGUGCACAAUACUAUUCGGAUGUUGAUGAUAAUGAGAUAAUUAAACUACAAUCGACUAAUAAUCGAAAAACACGUUCACAAAUAUUUAUCGAACAAUAUAGUCAAUUAAAACAGCAGGGUAUAAGUGGACAUAAAAAUUUAUUUCGUUUAACAUUAGAAGCUAUGCAACAAAAUGGUCAUCCAAUUAUGUUCAAAUUAAAUGUUGAAUCAAAAUAUGAUGAAGAUGAACAACAAUCACUAGUACAAGAUACUCUCUCUUCGACAAAUAAAAAUUUAAAUCUAGUUGAUGCCGAACAUGAUGUUAAAACAGAAUGGGAACGUAACAAAGAAGAAGGCUUUUUUCCACUUGGAUCUACAACCUAUCAAUAUCGUCGACUACAACCGACACGUCAACAAACAACCAUUCAACAAGAAGCUGUCUCAGAUGGAAAUGUCACAUAUCGACGUCCAGAUUUAUAUAAACAUUCAACGGUUGAAGGUGAUUUAGUUGAACAAUUAGAAAAUCCAUUUAUGCCUGGUGAACCAAUUCAACCGUUGGCCCCCAUGAAAUUAGCACAUAAAAAUUUGAAUUUGCACGGACCAAGACGAAAUAUAUUUGAUCGAACAGAAUAUGAAAAAGACCCAUUUUUAAGAUUACAAGAUAAAGCAAAAGAAGCUGAAAUUUGGAAAAGACCGUUACAGCAUACAACCGUUAAAAAACGAAAAUUUGCAGCAAAAAGAUUUUUAGUCGAUAUCCCAGACAUUUACGAUAAAAAUUAG